AUGUCGAAAAAAGAAUCGCCUGACAUCGAGAUGUGCUAUGGCGACUCCUCUUCUUUGACAAGCUUUACGCCGUCACCAAGCGAAGGGCAUCUUCCUGUUUGUGACGGUUUAGAUACCAAAGGGGAAACACAAGAUCAACUGCCCGGGGGACUAAGAUCUCCAGGUAAGAAGAAGUAGUGUUAAUGAUUACAAAAUAUCGCAUUUAAAAAGCGUAGUAUAAUGUAGAUGUUAAACCCUUUGAACGCCAACCCAAGCACACUCCCAAACGGCGGCCAUAUUAUUACAUACAUACAUACAUGCAUACACCUUAUUGAGCAUCCGUAAAAAGGCCUUUUCAGCAUCAAUAUCAAAAUUAAAUUAAAUAACUCAAAUGGAUGAAUAGUUUAAUUAUUUAAUUAAAUAACUUAAAAAACUAUGUACAACAGUAGCUAAAUAGUAACUUUGUACAAUUUUCAACAUCUAAUCUAGUUCAUGUUACAAAUCAGUUCAUUAAUUAGACGUCUCUUAAAAACUUUAGUAUUUAUGAUUUCCCUUAAGUCUUUACUUAGAUUAUUCCAUAUUUUCGCACCACAGUAACAAAAAGCAUGUUGGCCAACAUUGAUUCUACAAGAUGGAAUAUUAUAUCUUGUCUGUCUAUCAUGGACAAUAUUGGAUUUUUUCUCGGAAGUGUAUUUUUCGCAGUUUAGACUAAUUCAAGAUUUUUAACACUUUAUAACAACUCUUUUGUUGUAAUUCCCGCCUCAAACAAGUAAAUAGAGUAAAAAUGUAAGUGAUCUGGCAAGGUACCCGUAUGAAACUUGCAGCGCUGUACAGCGCCACAAAAUUGCUUCAAAAUAGCUGUACAGCUAAAUUACAGCUGUUUAGCAGCAUUUUAGAAGCCAAACAGCAGCUUAAUUCAAGUUGCAGCGGGAUGCAAAAGCGUUGUGCAGCCUUUAAAGCUCUCUGCAGCAGUUUUGCAGGGCAGUUGCCGACUUUCAAAUGCUGCAAAGUAGCUGCAGUAACGUUAAAAUUCAGCUUCGGUUGAUCAACGUUCUUGAGCGUCAGUAACAUGAAUCGCCAGAAAAGCCUUGCAAAAGAUCACGGCUUUUAUAACAAGAAAACUUUGACUCUACCUCUAAGAAAUGUGAGUAGGCUUGUGCGCAGGGAAAAAAACUUAUUGAAUAAACCUCCAAAUUCUACACUUUCGGAAUAAAAGGGAAGGCGAUUAUUUCAAAAUAUUUCCAUCAAAGGGGGGUGAUUAUUCGAGGGAGGCAAUUGAGGGACAGCUAUUAUUCAAGGAAGUACAGUACAUAAACAAGGGGAAAUUAUGUUCAAUAUUAAACUAUAAUUAAAUUAAGAAGAAUAAACUAAGAGAAUGUAGUAAUAUCCUUCUAGGCCCAGUUGUUUGAAGCCUGAUUAGCGCAAACCGAGGGUUAGAAUUUAACCUGGGUUUCUAUUCCUUGCAGUGAAGUUCAAAAGCAUUUUUUUGUAUAAUUCUCCCUAAUCUUUUUUAGAGUAUCCAUUCUUCAAAUUGUGGGCACAAAGAAUUUAAAAAGUGAAUUUAGUUUUGAAAGCUUUCAUAUCUGAAUUCAAAUUUUGGACAAAUCUUGGAUUAUCUUUACCCUGCUUUGAAAAACCCAGCCCAGUUGUAGAAAGGAUUUCAAGCAACACAACACAACACUACAUCAACUUGUGAUGUAACCUCCUUUAAAAAUUUAGUGGUCUGCAGUUAACAUUAUUCCUUCACAGACCCUUUCAAACAACCAUGGAUGAAAUUACCAAGCAACAAGAAAAUGUAAAUUCCAAGUACAGGACGUUUAUAUGUGUUACAGGUCAAUUCAGGUGAAAAUUUUUUAACCUAGGUUGAUUUCUCUUUCCUUUGUCUCCUAGCCUUAAUUAUUCAAGAAUAUAGGGACAGGAGAUACAAGAAAAUGAGAAUCAACCUAGGUACUUAAAAAGGUACUUGUCCUUGGCAUUCAAAGGGUUAAAUGGACUGCUAACAGAAUGUUAAUGAGACAUGAAUAGAACACAAAAAGGGAUGCAGAACAGGGAAAAUUCUGCAUUCCAGUAGAUGUCAGAAUGCAUCCUUUUUUUAUUAUAGAAUGGAAAAUUUAACUACUGGUAGAACUCACCCCACUACAGAGUAGCCAAAAUUUUUUAAUAGAACAUGUUCCACUGGCCAAUUCUUAUUGCGAUUGUUAAUUGCAAGUCCCUUAAAAUCAAUUAAAGCCCAUUUAAUGGUCCCUCAUGGUUGUAGGCCAUAGCAAGCUUAAGAUCUAAUGAUGGUGACGGCAACAGGAAUAUCAAAAAGCAGUAGGUUUAAAGAGCAAAACAACAACUCUGAACAUGGUGCACACCUUAUUUGUAGAUUUCUUUGCCAUCGCUGCAUGACUACAAAUCAAAAGGUUAAAUUAACAUUUUAUGGAGGAUGCUUUACAAGCCCUGAUGAAAAAGUCUUUCUCUUUCUGAACUUGGACUAUUAGUGUUCUUAGGAAUUGAACUCCUGAAGAGUUUGCCUGCAUGCUUUUAACAAAGUAAGUGAGAUUAAAUGUAACUGUUAUCGCAAUGAAGAUUGAAAAAAUGCCAAUUAUUCUUUUUCAAGCGAUGUUUUUUGCUGCUGCCACUGUCCUAUCUGGUAAAGGAAAGAAGUCAAAACAAGGAUUUCAGGUCACACCUGGGAAUCAAACUCAAAAUGUCCCACAAAGAGGGCCUUGCACAACCCUUGCUCCCCAAGGAGCAAUAAUUUCAUUUAAUGCAAAUGCGUUAAAAACUUAUGUGAACUUGCAAACACAAGUACUGUGUUGUAACCAAGACCAGUGAAAAGAUGUUAUUGAAAUAAUUGCAUCUACUGUUUAUUACAGAACGGGCUAAGGAAAGUAGUGAGCAACUGCCAUAUCCGACUAUGUGUGAAGAUGGGCAGGAGACGGGAUAUGGAAGACGCACUGUUGUGUAUGGUGUAAAUGGAUGGUGUUCAGUUAUAAAAGAACCAGAUGAAGCUGAGGACAAUAAUUAUUGCACUUCCUUAGAAAGGUUAGUUUUUCAUCGUAGUCUGGAGAAAAACAUAAAUGGGGUCUUUAUCUAUGCACCUAUGCAACGUCACCCGUUGCAACCAUGGUAAGCCACUACCUUACCAUCGACAGUUGAUAGGGCAGAAAUUUGAAUGAAACAUCGCCAGCGCAAGGUCGUGCGAUUCGAUCAGUUACUAUGAAUCACCAAAGACACUGGGCAGAACCGGCAUUGGUUUUUAAUAUAAUAAAUACAUCCCUUCCAGAAGACGGGACUUUUCGCAUGUAUUAGCUCUAGAAUUACUACGGUUAUCCAAGUAGUAAUGGCACAAUCAAAUAAAGGAUAACUGAUUUAAUGAGCCAUUCGCAGUUUCACAGUACUAGUGCUUAUACAUAGACAUGCAUGGCUUAAGCUUUGAGACAAGCAUAUGACUACUGGCAGGAUCAACCAGGUAACUAUCCUUUCACGGACCAGGGCUGGCAGCAACUGGUCCGGUGACUCCCGAAGGAGACACGGUUUUGUACUCGUUUUGCCUUCAAGCACGGGAACCAGUGGCCAAGAACCUUAGAGUUCCGGUCAAAGGAAGCCUGUCCUUCUUUGCCUCGCCUUUCAAGUGGACCCUUGCUCGAUUCAUGCACACCCCAAGAAAAAGAAACAAACUCUUUGUUACUUUUAUUGAUUAAAAGGGAAAUUCUUACUAGUCGUGAAUUGUUGUACACAAAGUUUGGUGAUCAGUUCUUACUUUGCAAAAAAGAUGCCAUAAAAUGUGGUUGUUUCUUGCUUAAAAUAUCAGCAAAGUGAAAAACUUUGAUAAAGCAUGUUUGUAGUAAAGGUUUUUGCCAGUUUUAUACCUCAAAGAAAUGGGAAAAUAAUGUAAACUUGUGGGACCAAACAUUUCAACGAAGUCUAACUUAAGCUGCAGUUUAACGAAUGUUUGAACCUCCAGUUCUCUUCUUUGGUGGGUUGUUUUAAGAAGAUUAAUGCUUUUCUAGUCUUUUCUAUAUGCUUUCAUAAAACUGUUCACAAUAAAUAUUGUUUAGAUAAAAUCAUUGGGCAAAUUGAAAAUGACCAGUUUUGUUAAACACUGGCUAAACUACGUUUAAAUAUUUCGCCUGUAGAGUUUUAUUUAAGCUCAAAACUGCUUUCAAAAUUGUGGUUGGUUGAUCAGUGUAAACCCAGCAAAACAUGGUGAUGCUACAACUGUGUUUACAUACUUGCAUGUAAAUGCACAUCUUUCAUGUAGGCGAUCAGAGAGUGUGUAGUGUCGUACACAUGAAGUUGUUUUAUAAUAAUGAAUUGUAUGUGUAUGAAAUUUCAUCAAAGUUACUAACCAAAAAGCAUUUUUAUUUUCACUCAUUGGCUAUUGUUAUAAAAAAUAAUUGACGAUUUGAUGUUCUGGAUACAAAAAACUUAAUUAAAACCUAACUUUUCUCCUGGAGCUGGUAGUCACUUGUAAGUAGGGAAUGUGCAUGUAACUCUGUUAACAAUUUUUUUGUUCUUUUAACACUGAAAGGGGAAAUUUCCAACUCUCUAAUUUCAGGAAUCAACCUGAAGACAGCAAUAUAAUGCACACUGAUGUUUCUGACAUUGGUGAAAAUGUGGAGAUUAGCGAUAGCUGUGGAAGUGAUGGCAACAGUUCAUCAAGGAGUGACGGAAAAACUGAUGCAAGUCAAAAUCACAAUGAUGAUGAUGAUGAAGGAGGUGAUGGAAUUGAUGAUGUUGAAGAUAAUGAUGAUGAUGAUGAUGAUGUUGAUGAUGAAGAUUAUGAUGAUGAUGAUGAAGAUGAUAAUGAUGACCACAAUGAUAAUGGUGGAGAAGACAAGAUGGAGGUACACAAAAAAUGUGAAAUAACCAGCACAGGCUUGCAGGUACUACCAUCUUUUUGUUGUACACUGCUACAAAUGUACUGUACCGUUCAAAAGUAAGUUGAUAGUCUAUUGCGAGUCUCAAUUCUUGACUCGAUUCUUGAUUCCAGCGUGAAUUGAGAAUCGAGAACAAGCUAUCAAGAAUCAAGUCGAGGAUCGAUUCUCACAGGACAAAAAACAAAAGAUUCACCCAUGACUGAUUUCUCGAUAAUUUUACAAAGGUUAGACAUACAGCUGUAGCAUGAAUAUAAGCAUGCCGUGUUGUGUUAGCGACUGUAUCAAGCUUCAUUUCCUCAAGUAAAGUUUCAAAUGCCUGCUCCAAAGGCAAAAAAACAGUGUAUACUCGUGUAUAAGCAACAACAUGUUUAUUUUGUAAUGUCAAAAGAUUCUGGGCUUAUCCAGCUGCUUGGCUUGAUAAAGAUCAGCUCUUAAACAUACACAUCCGUCUGUAACGUGACUAAUCUUUUUCUCUGAAAUUGCUUUCAUCAUCCUUGAAAACUUUCAAGAAACAAUGGUUUUAAUUCUACUAGGUAAUCUCUCGAAUAAUUGGGCCGCUUUUUCCCACGAUGGAAUAUGAUACAAGUGAACGUUAUUGUUGCCUAGCACAUGACUGCAACGGUGAGGAAAAAUUGCAUGAGGGGAUUGUGUUGUGCAAUACUAAAAAUUGUUUUCAAAGCUCUUGGAGGAUUCUGAAUUUUUCUGGCAUGUAUAUUCAAAGCGAAACCUUUAUGAACACAAUAAUGUCCUAUAAAAAAUGAAGGGCAAAAUAUCAAACUGAGAUGCUAUCGCGUAUUGCGAAAACAGCAAUUCGGGUCAAGAGUUCAAAUUACAAGUAAAGUUUCCAGCGAAAAACACCCUGACACCAAUGAGCAGACAUUCAUCCACGAUAGGGCCAAUAGGCAUUCACAAACAGGCAAUCAAAAAAAUUGGCAAGUAGAAUUUUAAAUACAAGCUGAAGAACAAAAGCAACGAUAAGCGCCUUGAGACGUUUUUUACACACCGCCGUGUAUUAAACAUUUUUUUACACAACGAUUCCUCUUAUUUUGGAUUUUACAGAUAAAAAGUCAUGGUUUGCUAGUGAACCGGCAACUUUUGCUGUUCAAAUGUUGCAAAAUGCCAUUUGAACAUUUUUAAGGUUUAAGAUUCUCAAUUUUUGCGAUGAUUGAGAAUCGAGUGUCAACUUACUUUUGAAUGGUACUGUAUACAAGGUACCAAACUACAGUUUGAAAAGUAAGCAAAAAAAUUGUUACUCAUUUGUGUUUGCAUGAUUUUUGUAAUAAUGAUUUAUUUUAACAAGUUUAAGUGCAGCAAAACAAGCUUUUGAAGCCAAUGACUCUCUCAGAUCUAUAGUGAUAAUACUUUCCUAGAAAAUGAUCAGUAACUAUGGAGAACUUGUUAGCAAAUGACAUUGCUGUAACUUUUUAUCUUUCCUGUGUAUACAUACAUGUGUAUAACACAUGUAUUAUCACUGAAUGGUACAUGUACAUGUAUCUCAAAAAGUAAGUAAGGUGAUUUCUGAUUGGCCACUAACAUCACAAAUUUCCUUGUUUUGUCUUGUGAAACAGAAAAGAUUUGACAUAAGAUUAAGAGUUACUUAGGGCCUCAAGCCCCAAUAUCAGCAUACAUUUCCUAAUGUACUAGUACUGAUGGACCUGAAGUGUUAUUUUUCGAUGGUCAUUAACUAUGUGGUGAUCAUUAAGUUUAUUCUCCUGACCUCAAUGUGUGAUUGAGAAAUGGUAUUUCUAAGAGAAAUUGUACACCAAAAACAUUGGUCACUUCUACAUGUAUGGGUUAAAGGGUUAAUGACCAAAAGUGUUCAACAUGAACCUCUUUUUGUAUCCUCCAAACAAACAAACAAAUGGGUACUUAUCUAUUUUUUUUUUUUUUUAAUUUGUUUUUAAUGUUUUUUGGGGAAAGUGGUGGAGGGGUCACAUUGCAGAGAUGUACACGUAGCUAAGGAAAAGAUAACUAGGCUUUUUUUAUUAGUCAAGCCGGUGUUUUUGCUGAACAUGCCUUCAAUAGUUGCCCCAUGUCUUUGUGUUUGGAACAAGGUUGGAGCUCACGACUGUCUCAAUUAUUUGAGAUGAUAUGGUAGUAAGCUCUAUACCAGUGGGUGAAAAUAGCCAGCUGUCACCUCUAAGUGUCAUCCCUGAAUAUUGCCUUCUUACAGCACAUUUUGGUUUUACAAUCAUGACUUUGAAAGGAAGGGUUGAAUAUGAGGUAAAAGGGCAGUGUCAGCAUGUUUUAUUUACACACAGGUGUCUUCAAUGACAGAAAUGUUUGUGUAUUAUUUUAUUGCAGUUUGAUAUUUCACUUGCUGAACUUGAUCAUUCGACUUACUGUCAUUUAAAAGACUGUCCCAAGAAGAAAUGCAAAUACGUGAGUUGGUUUUAAAGUACAGUCAACUCUCUUUUAACAGACACCUCUAUAAGACGGACACCUCUGUAAAAUGGACACCUAGCGUUGGUCCCUCUCUUUCUUUACUCCCUUUAUGUGACUCUCUCCAAGACAGACACUUAUUGCUGGUCCCAAGGGUGUGUGGAUUAGAGAGGGUUGACUAUACUUCAAUCUCUUAAGAGAUUCCACCCAGAGGAUUUCGUGCUAAUGCCUAUAAAUAUGACACAUGUUACAGGUCAAAUUUGAUUUCAGGUUAAAUUUGAUUUAACCUAGGUUGAUUCUCAAUUUCCUCUGUUUCCUAGCCUUAAUUAGUCUCGCUUGCGUAAGCAGCAAGACUCAUUAUCUGCGACGCAUUUUUCGUCGUAUUUAGAACACAAAAGGGGAUCAUUCCCGUACGAAAUCUUAUGGCCUGACUGAACCAAAAUAAGAAAUGCACGAACAGUCUGUAGCAAGUGGACUUUAAUUUGUACGUGAUGUGAAUUCAUGAUUUAUACAUUCAAAACGACGCGUGACCCGGUUUCGUUCUUUGAUGUAAUAUUUUUGGUAGAAAAAUUCUGGUAGCAAUGUAUUUAAAUUUGCUAUACUGCAUUAAAAAUCCAGUUGAUGUUUCAUUUGUGGCGAUUUUCAUACAAACGUUUGUCAAUUAUUUAUACUAACUUUAGCCUGCUUAUCUAUUUAUCUACCUUGAAAAUGUACAUUUGGCACGCAAUCUCGAGUUUGCCGGUGUCGAGUUACUGUUGAGCGAAAUCUUGACCAAAAAAUGGUUGGAUCUCAGCCUCAAUUACAGCGUAAUUUUGGCCCAAAUGUGGCCUAAUUUAGCUCGAACCGGAUUACAGAAAUAUGCAGCGUGCAGACAGCGGUCAUUAUCGUGUUACCGUUCAGCCAAAAUGACAGCAUAAUUUGGGCCCAAUUUUGGCCCAGUUUUUGCAUCACUGGAGUGUAGUUAGGAUUUGGGUUCUAUUUUGGUUUAUUUUGUGGCUCAAAUAUUUACGUUUCAGUGAGGCUCGUUUUGGUUCAUCUUUGGUUGAACUUUUUAAGGCCCUAUUUUGGUUUAUUUCGGCCUGGGUUUGGCUGAAAAUUAUGGCCCAAUUUACCUUCUGGCUAGAGCGUUAAUUUUGGUACGGGUUGUGCCAGGCGUUCCUUGCGGAGACCAUGGAAACUGGGGACUAAGAAUCGUUGCAUGAUCAAAGCCACGCAUGUUUUGCAAAGAAAGCUUAGGAAAGAUAAAAUUUAGAGCUUUUCCGAAAUAUGUCGGUCCACGAAUUCUAUAGCUUGAAAGUGUGUAUUACUUUGGAACAAGUGAACACUACUGAGUGGUCAUAAAAAAGAAUCUUAAAUUAUUAGCAAAACUGCGAUGGCUGGGUGUUGUUAUAGCUUUCAUUGUAGGGAAAUGGUCUUGUGAUGAGCAUGCCAUUUAUUUUCGGCGAUGAUUGAAAUGACGUGCCAUGUAAAUCACUUUUUUAUCUCUGGCAAUGAUGUAAUUUCUCUGGAAUCGAGGCCCUUGAAUUUUCGUGUAUUUAUACAUGCGUUUAGCCUGCGUCCGCGGGUGUAUUUCCAUGUACUAAAUUGAUUCAGAAACAAAUAAAAAUUAUCCACGUCGAUAAAGUAGGAAGUAAAAAACCUUGAGCGAGUAAAUCCUGUUUCGUGUAGAAUUAAUCGCUUCCUUAUUUUUUGAUCUAAUCUCCAAGCAAGCGAAACUGAAUGCUGCUUUAAGAGCAUUCUUGUUCACGAAUAAUUAGGGCUAGAGGACAAAGGAAGUUGAGAAUCAACCUAGGUUGAAAAAAAUAGACAUGAAAUCAAAUAAGACCUGUAACACAUACAUGUAAUCACAUCUCCAUGCUAGUCAUCAUUUUAUUAGUGUACUCAGUAUAAUAAGCACACACAUGAACAUCUCUAAUGAUAUUUAAACUCAUCAACAGUAGAUGAGAUUGGGUCGAGGUGCCCUAGAGGAUGUCCGUGCCAAGUGCAUAAGAGACAAACACAAUAUAUUCAUGGCAACCAUUGAGUGGCAACCACCACCAUCACCUUCACACAAACCAAGUAGAUCAGGAGAAAUAGAACACAGUAUACACUUACACCUCAAAGGGAGUGACAGAGGGGGGAAGAAAUCAGCACAAUGCAGCUUAAUUAGACACAAAACACAUUUAAUUAUGCAAUGAAAUUCAGCAAUUUGAUCCCUUAAAGUCACUAACCCUUCCACUUUCGAAGGCUUCGCCUAUAGAACAUGGGCCACUCCAUUCAAAACUGCUGGCCAAGAGUAAUGUUUCUCAGGACUUUUCCAACUGCAGUUUACAUCUCUCCUGUGAAAACAACCUUAAAUGAAAUAAAUGUCCUAGACUAGCACUGAUUUUCUGUAAUUUUGACUUUUCGUGUGUCGAGAGACAAAUAAACUGGCUGUUGUUAAAAGUUGCGUGUUUUGAACAGCAGCUACACUGUAAGAACUGGUUUCAAAAUAACACGUGACAUUUGCAAAUUUUACUGUUGUGACAAAACAUUGAAUUGCAAAUUGAUAUUGCAGCCGGAAUAAAGCUACUGUUGUAUUUUUCAAGUAAUUCUAGGGUUUAUAUAAAUUUUUCUGGAAUAAAAUGGAGCUAAUACCAUGGCUAUGUUUUGUUUAAAUUUUUAUACACACAAUCAUUCAUUUCUUUUGUACUUUCUUUAGUAUGAAGUAUUUAUCAGUUGUUUUCAUUGCUCACUUUAAAAGUUGUUUUUAACCUGUAUUAGAAGUUCGUUGUUCCCCAUGAUCAUACUUACAGUAAAUUCAUUUAAUUUUAAUUGAAGGUUUCCCAUGUAUAUCUGACAGGUUAAAGAUCAACUUAAAUAUCACAUGAAAAACCAUCCAGGAUGGGAAAAAUGUUUAAGCUGCAAAACUGUGAGUGCUGUUAUUGAAGAACAUUCAAAACAGUGUAAAUUUCCAGGAUGUUGGGUUGAACACUGCGACAGAAUCAGGUGAUUGAAUAACAUACAAAAUCCACAUUGCAUUAAUUAUUAAGGUCUUGCAUGUCCACAGACUUUCCUCAGUACUGGUUUCUCAAUCCUUAAACUUGAGUGUGGGGGAGGUUUUUGAAGUUAUUAUUACACUGUAACCAGAAUUUAAUUUUGACCUGUAACACAUACGCUUUACUGACCAAGAAUUACAUUUAGGUCAAGAUGGAUAGUUUUUUUUCAUUUUAAUGGUCCAAGAAAAGACAGAUCAUUAUACUUUCUGGGAAACUGCCCACCUACCCCUCCCUAAGCCAACACUUUGCCCUAAGCAAAAAGUAAGUGUUAAUGUUAGCUUAGGGGAGGCAGCAUUCCAGUUAAUUCUUUCAAGCGGGGGGUCACCAAGACCAUGUGCUAAUUUUUUUCGUUAUAUUUAACUAACACUUACAUGUCAUCUGUCAGGUCAGGAAACCUUCUUUGUGAGGCCAUUGACCCACAAGACUUAUCUCUUAUCUGGAACACUGGGGAGGGUUAGGUUGGCAGUUUCCCGGAAAUGUAUAAUGAUCCAAAAAGACAAUAAGCAGCCAUCUUGAUGAAACAAGUUUAUAUUCUCACCAAAAAGAGAACUUUUGCUUGCAGAACAAACACAGAAAAUCCUGAGUGCUCAAGAUAGGCCUAUUGUUCCAGUUCAUUUAGCCAAUCAGAAAGCAAGAUUUGCUUCAUCUUGACUGCAUUUAAAAAAUAAUACAUUUAAAGCAAUUUCAAAUGAAAGAAACAGCCUAAAUUUAUCUCAAAGAUGACCCUUUUUAUCAACAAUGACCUUCAAUGGCAUUUUGAAAAAAAUGGCCUAAUUUUCUUUCCAACAUAACUCUUUUGAUCAACACUGGUUUAUUAAUAAACAGUAUUUGAUUUAUCCUUUUCUAAAGAGCUGAAAAUCUUGUUCCAACCUGUGGAGAAACCAACCGUGCAGCCAUCAGGAGCAUAGAGGGGAAGAAAGAAGACAAUAAUGAACACCAGGCCAAGAUGAAGGUGGAAGAGUAUACUGAAGAUAGUUACAUUGUUGCAUUGGACAUUGCUGAGCAGUACAAUAUGGAAGGCCUCAAGGUCAUUAUUAUUAUUAUAAUAAUUAUUGUAAAGUUGUUGGUAAGAAGAACAGAGGAAGAACGUGAACUAAACUUGUUUAAUCAAAACAACUUACAAGCUGCGAAAAGACAAAACCAAAAAGCACGGCCUUUCAAGAUCCGUUGUCAUGGUAAAACAAUGACAUAACCGCGCAUGGACCAGAAGUGAAAUAAAAGUAAACUAAAAAAUAUGGUGAUAACGUCACAAUAAUUCUCAAAAACAUGUUGUAAACUUGGUGGGGGGGAAGGGGUAGACUCUCACAUAAAAAUAAUGGAGAUGCUCACCAUCUUGCUUAGGGUUGUAAAUUGCAGAUUUUGGUGUCACUUAGGGUGUUUGAGAUGGAAAGGCACUUUAUUUGCCCAUUCAGGUAUCGCUUGGGGCUGUUUAUAAAGAAAUUUGCCCAAACCGCUGUCAUUGACUGCACAGAAAUAUAGUGUCUAAAAAAGAACACGACAUCCCUGGCACAUAUUUAGAUCCUUAGCUCUUAUGUAGACCUCUAUUUUAGUAUGGUCAGUUUAAGCUUGGGCCACACCCACAGCAGUUUAAUUUUAAUUUUCUGACAAACAUCCCUGUCACUUUCAUAUGGGAGUCUCUCCCCUUCCUCCCCCCCCCCCCCUCCAGGGGUUUUGAAACCAUUUUUUUCCUUCCCCUCCCCCCCUGUGCUAAAAUUAAAUUAAAAGUAUUAAAUCCAAAGAAGGAAAGCCUUUUUAUUAAUUUAAAUUUACCCCACAGCAUUUUAUUUUUAUUUUUCUGACAAACCUCCCUUCCCUUUUCUUUUGGGGGUCUUUCCCCUUCCCCCCCCCCCCCCCUUCAGGUGGUUGUGAAACAUGUGUUUACCUUCUCAUCCACUCUGUGACUAAACUGAAAUUAAAGUGAUUAAUGCCAAGUAGGAUAGACUUUUUAUCUAAUUAAUAUUUAGCAUUGGCUGUCAUGAUGAAGUUCUUAUAUCUGUCUCUUAUCAUUUUCUCAUUUAAGGUUGACGUUUCCCCUGCAGACCUACUGCAUGGGUCAUACUGUAGGAAACUAAAUUGUUACAACAAGAAAUGUAGAGUUGUAAGUUGUGGUUAUUAGUUACAACUAUUAACAGUUUCAAUCCAUACUUAACAGUUUUAGCUUUCUUUUGAUUCCCUUACUACACCUUUUGCUGUUCAUUACAACAAAAUACGCAAUCAUUUGGGUGAAACAGUGACUGAUAGUGCAAAGAUACAUUCAUUAGCUCGAAAAUACGAACAUUUGCCCAGAAAUCACAUUCAAUUAUGAUUUUUGCAUUUUAAUCAACAUUCAACAACACUUUUGGGCAUUCAGUGAUACUCGUCAUUCGGCAUACAAAAGAGAAAAAUAUAUAUAUUCUUUCAUUAAUGCCAACAUCAAAGUCAUUAACACCAUCUUGAAAGUCAAUAGGGACAGCAGACAAAAAUAGUGCAAACACUAUUCAUUAUCAUUUUUAUGACAAUGUUUGCAAUUCAAUAGCAUUCCUGGACAACCUUGGGAUGGAUAAGACAAACAUUAAUGUGCUUGUACAAUCAAUUGAGUGUUCUUUACAUUUAAUACUUAAACUAUUUAAACAUUUUGGCAGGUAGGUUUAUGAAAUGGUACCCUUAGCACAUUUAGCUGUGGUCACACUGUCUAUAUUUCUGCACAGAGCUUCAAGCACUGCAGUUGUUGUGUUUGAACUCCCCUAGUGGGAUUCCUAGGACUUUGGCCUCAUUACUUCUAUAAAUUUUUGGACACGAGAUGUUGGCCUUGAUUCUUGCUUUUAAACAGUUUUUGCACCUGUUCCACAAUGUCGAGAGGGGGGUUGGAAGCAUAAGCUUUGUACUUAUGGGGCGGGAGGAGUGGCCGAAACACGGUAGGCUGGCACUCUGUCAUACGUAAAGAUCACCAACUUGUUGGUAUCCAUAUUUGUCCUUGCCUGUACCAGGAAGAAACCAAAACGUGCAGCUUUCAUUACACCAACUUCUUUAUAGGUUAUAUUGCCACAGUCGUAUACAUGAAGUCAAGUCUUGUCCUCAUUGGCCGCACACUUGGCUUUACGUCCCCUCUCCCUGUCACACCCUACCAUGAAUACAUACCAAAUGGUGAAUGUAUAGCCGCAGUUGUCGGCGAACACAAAUUGGUGCAGGACGGUGUGGUUCUUUAAACCAAGUAGCGUAAAAAUUCAGGCCAAUUUUUUUGGAAUGGGUAUUGUUUAAUUGACAAUCAAUUUUUGUGUAUUAAAUGUAAAGAACGCUCAAUUGAUUGUACAAGUGCAUUAAUGUUUGUCUUAUCCAUCCUAAGGUUGUCCAGGAAUGCUAUUGAAUUAUAAACAGUGUCAUAAAAAUGAUAAUGAAUAGUGUUUGCAUUAUAAUGUUUGUCUGUUGUCCCUACUGACUUUCAAGAUGGUGUUAAUGACUUUGAUGUUGGCAGUAAUGAAAGUAUAUUUUUCUCUUUUGCAUGCCAAAUGGCGCGUAUAAAUGCCCAAAAGUGUUAUUGAAUCUUGACUAAAAUGCAAAAAUCAUAAUUGAAUCUGAUUUAUGCACAAAUGUUCAUAUUUUCGUGCUAAUGAAUGUAUCUUCGCACUAUUAAUCACCAUUUCAUGCAAAUGAUUGCAUAUUUUCUUGUAACGAACAGCAGAAGGUGUGUUCAUUUUAUAUCAAAUUUUUUGUAAUUACAAAUGUUAAUUCUCGUGUAUUUUGUUCAACAGGUGAAGACAGAAAUAAAACACUUUAGAACACAUCAAGCAAGACAGUGUACACGAUGUGAGUACCUGUUGUCAGUUAUACAGCACCAUGCACAGACAUGUCAGAUGCGAGGGACAUGUCGAGUUCCAGGCUGUGAAAGUACUAGGUAACUACAUGUACACUAUGCACAUAGACAACUUUUUGUAUGAAAAAGCUUCCCUCAAAAAACUGUUAGCUUACAGUGAAUAAGUGGCAGUUUCUUGGCAUCGUAGAUAAGUGCAAUCAAUCAUUUGUGGAAGACCAUUAUCUUUUGAUGAACAGUUGACCAAAAUUAAGGCUCCUGAUAUUAAUUUGGUAUCAAGCAGUUCUACACAAUAAUAUUACUUUAUCAUCAUCUAUUCCAUGGAAUAACCUAUUUUUUACCUAUUUCUUAUGAGUAAGGGUUGAUGUUGACCAAAAUAAUUAAUACAUUAUGUUCUUUAAAGGAAUCGUGGAAAUGUUGGGUAUCCUGUUCCCAGGCAUAAAGUUGUACAGAAAGUUCCUGCGCUAUUAACGUGUGCCUUGGGUAGAGGAAACAAUUUACUCACACCAGGGAAACGCAAAAGUCAGCGCCAGAAAUCGACCAGUGCAGAUGAUGGCUUAUCAAGCGAAAAUCCAUAUUGUGGCACAGUUCUAUUUUGGGUAAUUUAUUAUAAUUUACGAAAUGACUUAACUCUGAAUGACUGAAUUCAAUUCCAUGGAAAGUAUUGCAUGAAGAAACAAUGUGUGCCCAUACCCUUUCUUUGAGACAAUUAACCCACAAUUUGGUGGGGUUAACCAAAUUUCGGGGAGGUUGUUUCAUUUGUGUGGAAGGUCUUGAAUAAAAUCCCAUUCUCUAAUGAAAAUAGCCACAAUCAUGAAAAAGUAAGGCUUUCUAUCUCAUCCCCUCCCCACCUCACAUUCAAUGUUGAACUAAACUUGUAUGUGUACAAGGAUAAUUUCCUGGACUUAACAUUGUGGGGGGGUGGGGGGAAAUCUACAUUAGCUGUCCUGUUGUACAAGUGCACUAUUGAUACAAAAAUGCUGUUAGCCAGCUCCCUGAGGCCCAUUUUCUACUUUUUAGGUAAAGCUCGGUUCUCUUAAUUCUCUUCUCAGCAUCCUAAGCGUGACCGCCCGGUCAAAAAGGUUAAAGAACAUGAAGAUUAUCAUGUUCAAAGGAGUCAAAGCCUGGGAGCUGGUGUAAAUGGAACUGUGUACCCGGCUUACUGGUACUUGGAAUCAGGCACAAGAGAAGAGUUUGCUAUAAAAAAGGUAAACUUCUGUUACUUAUGUAAUGGCCAUGGCAAUAAGGAACCUUGUGAUCUGACUAUGUUCUUGCAAAAUGGACUUCUAUUUUCGAAUUUCUAUUUUGAGCAAAAAAAGCUUUCUUUUCUAUUACUUUAUUUGUACCAGCUACACAUCUUAACUUUUCUUAUUUCCACUUUAUUAUUGUCUCUCUUUUUACUCCAGACAAAUUUUAGCGUAGAGGAAGUAAAGGUGUAUGAAAAAUUAGAAGACCACCCACACCUUGUUACUCAUUAUGCAGUAGCUUUCAGCGGUGAACACAAAAAGGUUAACAUUUUCAUGGAGCUUUGUGGUAUGUUCUUCUCAUGUUGUUUGAGUUUAUCUGUUGAUUACAAUGCUUUUUUUACUGGAGGCUGAUAAAGGACCAGAAAAUGGUCAUGACUGCAAGAUUGUUUGGUCUUUUAUUCAGUUAAGAACUGUUUAACCCAAAUCAACAGAGGAUACAAUAAUAUUUAACUGAACUUGGACUGCUUAUAUUAACCUCCCUAUCAACAUGCGUAUUCUCCUCAUUCAGUCCUCCCCAUACUCUGUACUAGGGACCUUAAGAUCCGAGGACGGCGAUGGCGGCAAAAACAUUGCUUAAAAAGUGAAUUGGCAUUCAUCCAGUCUUCAUCGCGACAGUUCCAACUCAUUUGCUUUGUCAAAUGUAGGCAAACUCUCCAGGAGUGGAAUUCCUAAAAACCAUAUUCAGAUUUAGAAUGAGAAAGAAAAUUUCGUAGUAGCUUGUUUACAUCCUCCAUAAAAUUUGAAAUAAGAAAUUUUCACGUCGUAGUCAUGCAGUGACGGCAAAGAAAUGUACAAAAAAGAGUGAUGCAUGUGCAAAGUUGUUGUUUUGCUAAUCUUAACCUUUUGCUUUUUUGAUGUUCCCGUUGCCUUCACCGUCGUUGGAUCUUAAAGGUCCCUGCUAACUUUCUUAAGGUGAGAUCUAUUUGAGAGAAUUUGUUCAAACAUGAAUAUAUUCCAUUUUUUGGUGAUCAUUUUAUUUUCUCAUUACUUCUGUGUUUGAUUCAACAAUAUUUUCUGGAGAAAUUAGAAGCUGGUCACUUUUGGGGCUUAAAGGUUAACUCCUGUACACUUAACAACUUACAAAUGACUUAACCAUAACUUAGACAUGGCUGAUCACCUGCUAUGUUUUUUGUUGGCAGAUGGUAGCCUCUUUACCUACAUUAAGGAAUUAAACCGAAGGCUUACGGACAAAGAGGCCAUGAAUUUUUUUAUUCAAGUACUUAUAGCAGUCUGCUAUUUGCAUAGCCUAGGAAUUAUUCAUAAAGAUCUCAAAGGUAAAAUAAGUUAUCAGAGGUGUUCUGUAUGUUAUCUUAUUGCUGUUAUCAUUGUUGUUGUUAUUAUUGUUAUUACUAUUAUUACAUUAUUAUUAAUUAUUUUUAUUAUUAUAUUACUUGCGGGUGUUUAGGGCUGAAACAUUAUUAUUACCUAAUGUGUCCAUGCGGUCAGUAAUCUCUCAAAGGUUUCACUUAAUAAUGUUCCCUCUACCUGGCUAAAACGUGAACUGAAACAUAGUCCUUGACAUUUUAAAUGAUUGCAUUGUUGAUUUUAAAUCACUUAGUGAAUACUUCAUUAUGAAAUGAAUGAACAAGCAAAGUUCUAUUCAGUUUGCAUUAUGCAUGUAGUUACAGUUUACUGUUUAGCUUAAACAAAACAUUGUUUUUUUUAUGCUUUUCUGCUUUGUUAAUUUUCUUGACAUUGUUUGAACCUGCUUGAUUAACUGACACUGACACUUUGGUAUGUGACAUAUUAAGCAGGUUCCACUACAAUCAGUUUGUUUUGUGUUUUUGCAGCAAAAAACAUAAUGCGAAAGGGUAAUGUUGCUAAGGUGGGUGAUUUUGACACGGCCAAAAUACUUACAGAGGAGAUGACGGAGGCAGGGCUUCACCCUCGAGGCACAAGGGGCUUUGCUGCACUUGAGGUAUUAAACCAAUUAGUUUACCUAAUUAAGCAACUUAAAAAUCAAAUUAAGUUAUGUUGCUCUUCCCUCUUGAGCAACCUGUUGUAUGCCAGCAUCUCAUGUCGUUUGGCAUUAAUAAUAAUGUAACCCUUUAUGAAUGUUUUAUGCUGUGGUUUAAUUUACCCUUCACGCCAUUGCAAAUUAUUUCACUCUUUUUCAGGAAAUGGUAAUCUGAUUAUAAUUUCUGAUAACGAAUUUGAAAUGAAGGGAAAAUGAAUUUUUCAGCAGGUAUAAAAGGAAACCAUGUACAUGACAAGUACUUUCAUUAAUGUGAUGCAUGCCUUUCUUUCAAUGUGUAUGGCAACAUUACAAGGAGCAAAGUUGAAAGGAAACAAUAACCUUCUGUUAACAGUAAUAGAAAGUUGUUAAAGGCUUGCAAAGAAUUUCUUACAAAUCAGUUUUAAGAGAAGAAAAAUGUACUGGUGUUGCUGGCAAUGUGAUAUGAACUGUUCUAUUUUAAAGAGCAUCGUGUACUAUGUUAACUUAAUACUCGUGCCAAGUAGUAAUCAUUAGAACUGUUAUUUCUACAAAAAGAAGAGACUGAAGAGUUUAAAAAAGCAUUGUCCUUGUUAUCAAGCUCAUUUGACUUGUACUGUACCCACUGUAAUGUAUAGUCUCUUUAUGUCAGGCCUCUAGGGAUUUCCCUGUGUUCCAGCAUGUACAGAUACGACUUAACCCUUUAUGUCCCAAGAUCCACAUACAAAUUCUCCAGACUUAUCUCCAUACAUUUCUUUUAAGAAUAGUUGAUUUAAGGUUGAGGAUUGGUUAAAAGUCUGACUUUAAUCACGCACAUAACAAAAAAGAAAAGAAUGUAAUGCUCGAUUAUUGUGUCAUGAGUCAAGUGAGAUACACAGAAAUUCGAGCCCUCAAUUGCAUUCACACCCAUCUUAUGGGUCCGGUGCCUCAGAUACUGAGCUGCAAGCUAGGAUACCUACUCUGUACAUGGGACCCCAGGGAAGGUUCCUUUAGGAAUGUUUGGGACACCAGUACCCUUAGCUUAUACCAGACCUACCGUAGUUCAGCUGGAUUUUGCCCAGCUUCCCCCAGAAAUUAUUGAGGUCAAUGCUUUCUUUUCUAUUAAACAGGUAAUUUAAGAUUUGCCUUUUUUUGAGUGUCAUUUCCUGGUUUCCCUUGUCUUCAACCAAAUGAUCAGUUUUAUGGAAAAUGACCCCUAUGCUGAUUCUUAACUCUCUGAUUUCUUCACCCUAUCCCAGACAAAGUUCCUUGAAAACCAUACCCUUCACUGUAGCACAUACGUAUAUAUAUAUAAAUAUCCCAUAUAUGGCAGUAACCCCUCCCCCCCCCCUAAAGGGUAGGACACAUUUCACUACUGCUAGAAUCCUGUAUGAUGAAAUAUAAAACUUUUGUAGGUGAUGGCAAUGAAGCCUCAUGGGAGGCCAGCAGAUGUGUUUAGCUUGGGCGUGCUUUUGCUUGAGCUAACAGUAGGAGCUCCCUCUGAAGAUCCAACAUCAUUGGUACUGAAGGUAUAUAUGCACAUGGUUUACAGUUUCACAACUAGUCAUAGCUACAUGUAUAACAAAAUCCUCAGUUAUGAUUCGCUAUAAACUGUCCUGAUUUCAGCACAAAUGCCAGUAUUCUUCCUCAUCUUCUGAAAUGAAAUUUUACUGUGGAAUUAUCCAUUUUCCUUGCCGCAGAAUCAGGACACAGAUUUUUCUUUUGCCUUUUUUUCAUGAUGUAAUAAACAUUUAAUCCUUUGUAUUUAUUUGUUUUGCGCAUGUUCUCCCUGUCGUUGGUUCUCACUUUUCGUCCAAUAAUAUAUUUUACUCAGAGCACUUACCAUUUCUAGCUAGCCAAACCAGUCGAUCUGAAAAGAGAAUUUUGAAUGGCAACAGCGUGCAAAGAAAGUAGUGUCUGAUAGCUUGGGGCUAGUGGAUUUUGCUAUCGGGCUAGUGAUUUCUCUUCUUAACUUGCAUGAUGGGGAAACAAAGUUGUUGAGGAAUUCAAAUUACAGAAAAACUGUGUAAUCAAUCCUGCUCAUCAAAAAAUUUUGGGGGCUAGCUGAAAUGAAUUUUGGGCUAGUACUUGCUAGCUACAGCUUGCCUGAAUGGCAAGCUGUAAAACUGACUUUCUUUGCACCAUCAUGGCAAGUCUUAAAGCGAAAACUAUCAAAAAAGCCUAUUUCGUUUUCAAACUGAGGGAUCUGGCUGGUCAGUUCUGAAUUCUGGUAGACGCCCUCAGGAGUUGUUGAGUGUAAUAUUGUGAUAUUGGUCAAACUAAGAGAUCAUAAUCGGAUUCUAUUAUGAUCUCUUGGUCCAACCUAUUUUACUCAGGGAAAGCAAACAAGGGUCUUUAUGCAUCCAUUGCACAGCCCCCUCAGCAUCACUUAUAAGAAUUCAAUGUCCCUGUGCUAUUUGCCUGACAAUAAAUCCUCCGUGUACAGAAAGUCCUCGCCUCUCAGAUUUCAGUCCUAAAAUUUUGGUCUAUCAGGCUCAUCGGAUGGGUGAUGUCUUAUAUACCUCCCCACCCACCCCUGGGUAAGAUGGGUCCUUGUUGGGUCCGCCUGUUGUGACCUGUUCCCCUACUUCAGUAUUAUAUACAACUGUUGUUAACCUACGUAUGUGAUGUACAAUGUUAGUAUAUUAUUGUUUAAACAGAUUGACGAGUUAGAAGCCAAAUAUCCUGACUUGGCAAAGUUAGUGAGAGGAUGUGUACAGGUGAAAACAUUUUUCCCUUUAGUGCUAAUGUAAAUGUGUGAAAGUGGCCUGCAUCUUCAUUCUUGCCGUCUACUAGCCUGCGACCAAGCUCGGGGGGCGGGGGGGGGGAGGGGGGUUCUGGAUGCAAGGGAGAAAAUAGGGACCUCUGUCUUAACAAGCAUGUGCUUCCGGAUUCCGCUCUAAUCGCUUGGCUACCCUACCUGCUGUCAGUAAGAAAAUGAUAGGUAUCCUCUUUCCCCAUAAACAGUUUUACGGUGUAAUUAGACAUAACACCGACACAGCUUCAGCUUUAAUUACAUAUUAUAUUUCCAUAUCGAUAUUGCCACACCCUCAUACAGAAAAGUCGUUGCGUCACGUUGCCAUAGUAGCAAAAUUUGUGGAUCUCAACAAACCGUGGUCCGGCAAAUAUGGCAGAAAAAAACGAUAAAAAUGACAUGUAUGUCUUUCUUGUGCAUCAUUACACUCCGAAACAAAACAGUAGCCCAUACUUUCCUUCCAUCGACAAAGCAAAUGGCCGUCUCUGUCAAGAAAGAUUGUUGAGAUUCGGAAACUUUGCUACCGUCGCCACUUUAGAAACGAGAAGGGAACUGGAGUCGAAAUGCUUCUCGCAAUUAUUUCUGGGAUCGUUACUGAUGACGCGCUUGUCAGCUAUUGGCUUAUUUUUUUCUUGUUCCUUGUAACANGUUGAGAUUCGGAAACUUUGCUACCGUCGCCACUUUAGAAACGAGAAGGGAACUGGAGUCGAAAUGCUUCUCGCAAUUAUUUCUGGGAUCGUUACUGAUGACGCGCUUGUCAGCUAUUGGCUUAUUUUUUUCUUGUUCCUUGUAACAGUCCCAGUCCCAUCGCACCGGUAAUCGCGAGGUCAAGAGUUCAAACCCCGUUGAAGUCCUGAAUUUUUUUCAGGCUUCUUUACGCAAUUGCAUAAAUUGCGUUCACUGCGACGAUCAUUUCUUCAUUUUCAUUUCAUUUCCGCAGUUCAAAUAUGAUUUAUUUCAUAUAUCAUUAACAGUCCCAGAAGUCUUUGCGAAAGUCAACUCAGCCCAGGUUCUUUCUCGUUUCUAAACAGGUGAAUGGUAGCGUGACGUUGCACUUCUCCGUAUCAUGCUGUAAAAUAGUGCAGCUCCAUUAUUCGUUUUGCGUACGACGUUCGAAUUUUUUACACGUUGCUGAUAACGGAAUAAGUUGUUGCUAUUUUAUGUCUUCACAGGAGGAUCCAAUGCUCCGUCCCACGGCCUCCUCCUUGUUAGACUGCAAAAUUGUCCGUAAUUAUAGGUAA